CUGGAUUAUGCUCAUCACUUCUUUACUGAAGUUAAUUUUUGUCACUCCUCCGGCUUUGGUGCAUACUCCGCUCACACUUCACGUCGACAGGGUCCACCAGGAACCGGCAAGACUCUAUUAGCCAAGGCAACGGCGGGCGAGGCCAACGUCCCCUUCCUCUCGAUUUCUGGCUCAGAGUUUCUGGAGAUGUUUGUUGGCAUCGGGCCGAAACGUGUACGCGAGAUGUUUGCCCAGGCGCGUCAAAAUGCACCUUGCAUCCUUUUUAUAGAUGAGAUCGACGCAAUUGGCGGUGCACGUGGUGGUACCUCGAUCGGUGGUCACUCCGAACGCGAAAAUACUCUUAAUCAGCUUCUGGUCGAGAUGGAUGGUAGGCUCUUUGUGCCAUUCGGCAUUCGUGAUUAUUCAUAUCCACCAUUUCUCAUCCUGGAAUACAUUUCAUCUGAAGAUCUUCAUAAAUACGCUUGUAUAUACUAA